CAAUUAGGUAACUUAGCACACACAUAGAGUAAUUUAUAAGCUACAUUUGGAGUUUUUUUUAUCUUUUAUACUACAUAUAUAUAUAUACAAAUACAACAAUCAUAUCCCAUAAUACACAAAUACUGGAUGAAGCAUAUGAGAGAGUUGAAGAUGGAGGAGAUAGAGCACCGAACAGUGAAGGUGAAUGGCAUAAACAUGCACAUAGCUGAGAAGGGAGAAGGGCCAUUGAUCCUCUUCAUCCAUGGCUUCCCCGACCUAUGGUACUCCUGGCGCCACCAGAUCGCAGCUCUAGCGUCCCUCGGCUACCGCUGCGUGGCGCCAGACCUCCGCGGCUUCGGCGACACAGAUGUGCCGGCUAACCCCACCGCCUACACCAGUCUCCACGUCGUCGGCGAUCUUAUCGAACUUCUGGACAAAAUCGCCGGCGACGAAGAAAAAGUGUUUGUGGUGGGUCAUGAUUGGGGUGCCCUCACUGCUUGGUAUCUUUCCCUCUAUCGCCCAGAACGAAUCAAGGCUCUCGUCAACUUGAGUGUCACCUUCACCCCCCGUCACCCCCAGAGAAAGCCCCUUGCCACCUUAAGAGCAGUGUACGGAAAUGACUACUAUAUCUGCAGAUUUCAGGUCCCAAAACAUGGUUCAAGUAGAAGUGAAAAAAAGAUGCUUUUCUCUUGGGUCAAACCAAGGUUUGCAAAGUGGUUAUGUUGCUCAACUGCAUUAUUGCAGGAGCCUGGAGAUAUAGAAGCUGAGUUUGCGCAGAUUGGCACCGAGAGAGUCCUGAAGGAAAUCCUUACAUACCACAACCCUGGUCCACUUUAUCUACCCAAGGGUAAAGCGUUUGGAUAUCCAAAGGAUUCUCCCAUAAUAUUGCCCUCGUGGCUGUCUGAAGAAGAAUGUGAUUACUAUGCCAGUAAAUAUGACAAGACUGGCUUCACUGGGGGAUUGAACUACUACAGAAAUUUGGAUCUAAAUUGGGAGCUCACAGCACCAUGGACUGGUGCACGAGUAAAAGUUCCAGUUAAGUUUAUAGUGGGUGAUAUGGACUUGACAUAUAAUGCACCGGGAGCGAAGGAUUACAUUCACAAAGGUGGGUUCAAGAGAGAUGUGCCGCUUCUGGAAGAUGUAGUUGUACUUGAAGGGGCAGGUCACUUCCUCCAUCAAGAAAGGCCUAAUGAGAUCAACGAACAAAUCUAUGAUUUCUUUCAAAAAUUCUGAUUUGCUUUGGUCAUGUUGAAUAUAUCUCCCUCUGCUCUUUGUUUGAUUGCAUCUUUGUCCUUCAGUUAUUGUUGGGUCUGUAUUCACAAAGUGGACUAAUGUGUAUGUCCGUUGAUUACUCUUGUUGAGUGUGUAUGCUCGUGUUUUAUAGUGAUGAAAGUAAAACGGUGUGCAAAAGUGGCUUUACAAUCUAUUAUAAUAAUAACAUUACGCAAGAAAAGGGAUCCAGAAAGUCUGUUAACCACAGAAUUUUCCUUUUCUGUACCAGACUACACUUGACUCCAACAUGCUCAAAGUGUUUACAUCUUCCCAUGGUAACAUAUGGAAAGACUUUCAUUCACCAACUUCUUGUUUCAGCCGUUGUUUCCAUAACAGAGUAAAAAAAAUUUAUGCUUUGAUGCA